CAAAAUCUAGAGAAAGCGAAGAAGUAAAUGGACGAGAAUUCCAAAAAUACUAAAGACAUUGGACUAGACGAUGAAGUGUCAUGGGGCAGUAAAGGAAAACGCUACAUUAAAACAUCUGAGAACCAAUCAAAAUCUUCAUUUGAAAUAAUUGGAACCGCACUGUCCUGGAUUAUCGUUGUGAUCACUUUUCCCAUCUCCAUAUUUAUCUGCUUUUUUAAAGUCAACGAAUUUGACCGAGCUAUAAUCUUUCGGCUUGGACGUGUUAGAAAGGACGCACGUGGACCAGGACUAGUUUGGCAUUUACCUUGCAUUGACAGCUAUCGUUUGGUGGAUCUUCGCACUAGAGUAGAGUUGAUUCCAUCACAAGAUGCGAUUACGAAGGACUCCGUCACGAUUAGCGUUGAUGCGGUGCUCUUCUAUUGCAUUCAAAACGCGAUGCAUUCGACUAUACAGAUCUCAAACGUGCAUACAUCUACGAUAUUCUUAGCACAGGCAACACUCCGAAAUAUGGUUGGCUCCAUGACACUACACGACCUGCUUAUCUCCAGACAACUUUUGUCUCGGAAGAUAACAAUCGCAGUGGAUCAUGCUACCGAAAAAUGGGGGGUCAAGAUUGAAAGAGUUGAACUUAAGAACAUUAGUUUGCCCGAAAGUCUUCAACGUUUGUUGGCAAGCGAGGCCGAGGCUCUGAGGGAUGCUCGGGCUAAAAUCAUAUCUGCGGAGGGUGAACUUAAUGCUUCAAAAGCAUUGCAGGAAGCAUCCGAAGUGAUGGCCCUAAACGAAAUUACUCUGCAGUUAAGACAUCUGCAGACUUUAACAUCAUUGGCGCAGGAGCAUCAUCUAACUAUUGUCUAUCCCUUUCCUAUGGAGAUUAUGGCACCGUUUACAGAAAGCGGAGAUGGUGUUAGCAGGAAAGAUACUGAUGAUAAUGGAGAUGUAUCGUUACCAGGUUCUUCACUUCGUUUAUUUAAAUCUAUUAUAUCGUCAGUGCUUGGAAGUACUCCUGAGCUUAUAACCACGUCCCCCCACGCAGAAAAUGAAAUCAGCCCUAACCCAAACGAUAGCAUGGUGCUGAAUGGAAACUCAAAAACAACUCAAACCGAUUUUCCCGAUUAGACAGAAGUCUAUUAAGAUCUGAGCUCAAGGGCCGUUUUGUAAGAUAUCCAAAUGA